AUGGGUAAAAGAAUGGUAAAAGGCCGAGCCUGUGGUCUUUGCCACCACCAGAGAAAAAGGUGCCCACAGGACUGCCCGUUCCGGCCGUACUUCCCAGUCGACCAACCUGAAUUGUACCGAAACGCAAUCCGACUGUUUGGCGUGGCCAAUUUGAAGAAGCUAAUGGCGAAGGUCCAACCCGAGCAGUACGAGGACACCAUGACCUCCAUUAUAUAUGAGGUGAACAGGCAUGCUGAGGACUCGGUUUACGGGUGCUAUGGGGCUUUAAUAAAACUCCAGCAGCAGGUGGCCAGGGCUGAGCAAGAGCUGAAGGCGAUCAACUCCUGGAUCGCUUCCUUUAGGAGAUUGUCUGAGCAGCCGGAUGAUCAUGAUCAUCGAUGUCACCCUCUAUCCUUGCCUUCGAAUUUUUGGGUGGAGUACACUCAUGGUCAUGACACUGUGAUUCAAUCAGAUGCCGCAGCAUCUCUGGAGAUCAUGAAAUCAUCGAUGGUGAAUCAACAGUCACGCAAUCAAGAUCGAGAAUCUUCAGUGGUCAAUGAACAGCCGCACCGAUGCAAUCUUGAGGCUUCGAUGGUCAAUGAACGGACCCACCGUUCCAAUCUUGAUCCAGUGAUCGAUGAAUGGCCACGAUACACCGAAAGAAAUCUUGGCAAUCAAAAUCCUCUCAUCCAGAGUGACCAAAGGUACGCCGUAGCCCAACAACUUCCAAGAGCGUUAGAGAAAGAAAUUGCGAACCAUGAAGAUGAACCAUCGCGUCCAUUAAUGGAAACUACGCACUCUGAUAUUAAUGGAAACUAA